AUGAAUAAAUUUUGUGAUUAUAACUCUUGUUAAUUCAAUAUUAAACAACCUACAAUAGAAUAAAGAUCAAAGUUAACAAAAGUUAUAUGUCCUGUCUGUAUGGCUUCUAAUUACUGUAGUAUUAGAUGCAGAGAUCUUGAUUGGUAAAUUAAUAUAAUAAUGUUAAAGGACAAUUUAUCAUAAAGGAAUAUGUAAAAAAAACUAACCAGACAGAGCUAAAUCAUGUAAUGAUACAAUAGAUUCAUCAUCGACUGUUAGUGUCAGAAGAAAACCUGAAGAAUUCGAAAUAAUAAUAAUUGGCUCUAAAUAGGAAUUGGGAAGAGGUUCAUAUGGUUCAGUCAAACUUGUCAAGGACAAAUAAAAUGGAUAAUUAUAUGCAAUGAAAAUAGUAAUAGUUUGGUAUCAUUAUGCUUAGAUGAACAAAAGAUAAGUUUUUGAGUAUUGUUCAGUAGAAAAUCUAAAAAGAGAGAUCAAAAUACAACGAAAAUUAUUUCAUUCAAAUAUUUGCAAACUUUAUCAUUACUUUGAAGAUAAAGAAAAUGUGUAUUUGGUUCUAGAAUAUGCUGGUAUUUAUGACAUUUGGAUUAGAAAAUGGAUCUCUAUUUCACUACAUAAAAAAGAAAACCAAAUUGCCAGAAGAUGAGGCAUUUAUUUAUUUCUUUUAAACUUGUCUUGGAAUUGAUUAUUUACAUAAAAAUAAAGUAAUUCAUAGAGAUCUCAAAGUAAUUUAUAAUUUUAAAUGAUUAGCCAGAGAAUCUCUUAUUAGAUAACGAAGGAAAUGUUAAAAUAUGUGAUUUUGGUUGGAGUGCUGAAAGUUUGACAGAAAAACGAAUGACAUUCUGUGGAACUUAUGAAUAUAUGGUAGAUAGCAAUUUUAUAUAAUAGGCUCCUGAAAUGUUGAAUAAAUAACCACAUGAUUUCAGUCUAGAUGUUUGGAGUUUAGGUAUCUUAUUAUACGAACUCUUACAUGGAUAUGCUCCUUUUAGAGGAAGGAAUAAUGAAGAAUUAUGCAACAAAAUAAAAUCAGGAUAGCCUAUUAAUUUUUCACCUACUUUGUCUCAUGAAGUAAUAACUCUCAUCAAAGGGAUUUUGAAGUACAUUCCAUCUGAAAGAUUAACUAUGGAAUAAAUAUUUGAUCAUCCUUGGAUGCUAAAAAAUGCUGCCAUUUUCAAUAUUGAUAUUUGGAGCUUUGUUUACAAACAUCAAUUCCCUACGAGAUAGAUUCCUUUAAUCAAUUUUAAAUCUACAUCAAAACCUAUGGAUAUAAAAAAGAAAGAAUCUUAUGCUAGACCCAUGUCAUAAGAUUAUUCUAAAUUCAAAAGCUAAGAAUAAUAAUCUAAUUAUAAGAAUUUUACUUAGAAUGAUAACAUUCGAUAAGACGAUAUUAAUAAGCCUAGAAUUAGUAGAGUAUCUAAUAAAAAUGAAAUCUUACUUCAUUAGCAUCAAUUAUAAUAAUAGUAAUAAGAAUAGAGAUUGGGGUUUAUGGAUAGAGUCUUUUUAGCAUUUGGAUGUCUAAACAGAGAUAAAAAGUGA